GUCAGUAGCAUUUUUUUCCUUUACUUUUUUCCCUUUCGGAGCUGUUGUUUGAUCGAAGAUAUGGGUAUUAGGAGAAGCAAAGUCGUUGAUGUGUCUUCUUUCUUGCUCUUCGAGGCCACCGGCGAUUCAGAAUCCGGUUGUCAUUACGAUCCCGCCAUGGUUGAUAUCAACGGUGAACACGACGACGACGACCAUGAUUAUGAUGAUGAUGCGGAGUCAUGUAGCUGUGAUACUGUGUCUGGUUCUCUUCCUGGUGUUAGAGAGAUUGUUAGCUUAGAAAACAAAUUUAUGAAUGUUGAUGGUGACGUUGAUGUAGGUGACGACGAAGACGACGACGACGGCGUGGUGGAGCAAAUGGAGGUUCAAUUGUAUAAGAAAUGCUGCAGGGAUGAUCAACGUGUUAAUGGAGUUUUUGUGGCAAAGGAAAACAAGCCCUCAUCAGCUGUUUCCGUUGAGAACUCAAACAAAACCAUGAAUGAGAUGGAAAAGAACAGGCUGUUUUGGGAAGCUUGUUUGGCUUCUUAGAAAAUCUGGGUUUUUUCCCUUUCUGUUCUUUCUAGCCAAACGGCUUUCACCUUCACCACUCUCCUUACUAAUUCGUUCUUCUCCAUGUUCCUGGGUUUCUCCGUACUUUUUACUAGUAAUUUUGUUUG